GUCAGCCUAAGGACCAAAUGCAUUCUGCUGCUUUUCAUUUUCCCAAAGUGAGGUUUUUAGUUUUCUGAAUAACUUAUUAGAUAAUUCUCUGCACACAGAAGAGAGCAGCGCUUUGUCCCCAGGGAAAGAAGCUAUUUCAGACUUCACUAAGGAGUGAUCUAUCAUGUUUCAACAAUCCCCACUGUUGCUCUCUUUGUUUUAAAGAUAUCAGUCUGAUUUUGUUUCAUUUGCAACCGGAGACUAAAUGACACCAAGCAGAAUCUACUGUUAGGUUAGAUUACCAGGGCACUGCUUGUGAAGAGAAAAACAUGCAGACUGCAUCUUUGCUUUAUUAUUUCCUGCUUGUCUGUUGGUGUAUUGAUUUUGUUGAAAAUCAAACAAAUGAAAUUCCUAGGCGGCAAAGAAGGAGAAUGCGCUAUAGAGGAUCAAGAAAGGGUUCCUCAGCAAACCACAGACCAAACAGACAACCACAGAUUAAGACUUCAACUACUGUUGCUGUAGUACCAAGUGUUCCCCUUAUUAAUAUUGAUGAUGGCAUUACAGAAGUAUUUGACUCUCUUAUAGGUUUGAGUGGACAUGAAUCCAGUUACAGUGUCUUACCAGGAAAGAAAGGGCAUUGUACAGCUAACGGGAUGAUUAUGUACGAUAAAGCUGUGUGGUCCCCCAAACCUUGCAUUACUUGUCUUUGUUCAAAAGGAAAAGUGAUUUGUGAUGAAACUACGUGCCUUUCUCUGACAUGUCACAAAACUGAGAUACCUGAAGGAGAGUGCUGCCCAGUUUGCUCUGAUAUUGUACUAAAUAUUUCACUGGAUGACACACCUGAAAUUUCUGGUGCUUCUCCAGAGCCCAAUGACCCUAGUGACUCAAUGCUAUUGCAACCACUGCGUACCCAGGAUGAAAUGGAUGAGUUACUCAGACGAGAGAAGGAAGAACUUGAAGGGAGAGAAAAGGAAAUUCACAAAAAGGAUGACGAGAAAAGGAAGAGAAAAGAAAAGAAAAGUCAGGAGGAGAAAAAAAUACAUGACUAUGAAGCCCAUCAGAAAGCAGAGGAGGAAAUAAGCAGGAGAGAGGAAGAAAAAAGAAGAGCAUAUGAAGAGGAAGAGCUACAAAUUGAAAAGGAAGAAGAAGAAAAAAGAAAGGGAAACGAACUUCCAGAGCAAGAAAGAAAACAACAAAAAAGCGAAGAGGAAGAAGAGGAAGAGGAUGAACAUAUUUUACGAGGUGAUGUUUUCAGAAUGCCCCCUCGAUUCCCAAUUCCUGUUCCUCCUGCAGAAAUUCCUCCUUUGCCAACUGGAUGUUCGAUUUCUGACACCACAGUAAGCUGCAUUCAUGCCAGACUUACACAAAUACCACCAAUUACUGAUCCAGAGCUAACAAGCUUAGAGCUUGAAGGGAAUACCAUUACUUCCAUUCCAGAUGAAGCGUUCAAUGGGAUCCCUAAUUUGGAAAGGCUUGAUCUAAGUAAAAAUAAUAUUACUUCUCCAGGCAUAGGUCCACAAGCGUUCAAAAUCCUGAAAAAGUUAAAACGUUUGUAUAUGGAUGGAAACGCACUAGUACAUAUUCCUCCUGAAUUACCGUCAGCUUUAGAAGAACUUAAAAUAAAUGAAAACCAUCUCCAUGCUAUUGAUGAAGACAGUUUACAAGAAUUAAAGAACUUGGUGACCCUAGAAUUAGAAGGCAAUAAACUUAGUGAAGCAAAUGUCAGUCCUUUAGCUUUCCGUCCUUUGAAAAGCCUGUCUUAUUUGCGCCUUGGAAGAAAUAAAUUCAGAACUGUCCCACAAGGUCUUCCCACAUCUAUUGAGGAACUAUAUCUGGAAAAUAACCAAAUAGAAGAAAUUUCAGAAAUUUGCUUUAACCAUACCAGCAAUAUUAACAUAAUUGUGCUGAAACACAACAAAUUAGAAGAAAAUAGGAUAGCACCUUUGGCUUGGAUUAAUCAAGAGAAUUUGGAAUCUAUUGAUCUUUCUUACAAUAAGUUAUAUCACGUUCCCUCCUAUCUGCCAAAAUCUUUACUGCAUCUCGUACUUAUAGGAAACCAGAUUGAGAGAAUACCAGGAUAUGUGUUUGGUCACAUGAAGCCAGGGCUGGAAUAUCUCUACCUUUCUUUUAACAAACUUAACAAUGAUGGAAUAGAUCCAGUGUCAUUCUAUGGAGCUUAUCUGUCUUUGAGAGAGUUAUUUUUGGAUCACAAUGAAUUAAAGUUUGUACCAUUUGGAAUCACAGAAAUGAAGGCAUUAAGCUUUCUGAGGCUGAACAACAACAAAAUACGGACAGUCCCUCCAGAACGCAUCUGUAGAUCUGUUGUCAAUGAUGACAAUGUUGAUGCUGACAGUAAUGAUGAUGAUGAGGAGGUUGAAGAUUCACGUUUGGAACAUCUUCAUCUUGAAAACAAUUUUAUCAAUACAAGAGAGCUGUCACCAUAUGCAUUUUCAUGCAUAAGAUCCUACUCCAGUGUUGUUCUGAAACCACAGAAGAUCAAAUAACAAACACCAUAUAUUUUAAUUGCAAAACCCAUUUUCUUACCUGAGGUGACAUUAUUUAUUUUCCAUCUGAUACACAGAUCAGCUGAUCUCCUAGUUAAAAGAUGUCUCAGCACUAUUCAUACACUAUUAUUUUCCUAACAGUGUCAGUUGAUAUAUCACCUAAAGACUGCUUGAUUUGUUUAGUUUAUACUGUUAAAUAUACAUACCCACAUACGCACGCAAAAAUAUGCAAUUUAAUAAGGGACUUUUUCAAGUUCUAUUAACAGCAUGUCGACUUGAAAAAGAGACUAAGUGGAGAUAUGAUAGAGGUCUAUAAAAUAAUGAUUGGUAUGGAGAAAGUACCUAAGGAAGUAUCGUUUACUCUUUCAGAACACAAGAACUAGAGGUCACCAAAUGAAAUUAAUAGGCAGCAGGUUUAAAACAAACAAAAGGAAGUAUUUCUUCACACAACGCACAGUCAACCUGUGGAACUCCUUGCUAGUGCAUGUUGAGAAGGCCAAGACAUUAACAGCGUUCAAAAAAAGAACUAGAUAAAUUCAUGAAGGAUAGGUCCAUCAAUUGCUAUUAGCCAGGAUGAGCAGGGAUGGUGUCCCUAGCCUCUGUUAGCCAGAAGCUAGGAAUGGGCGAUAGUGUAUGGAUCACUUGAUGAUUACCUGUUCUGUUCAUUGCCUCUGAAGCACCUGGCUUUGGCAAUUGUUGGAAGACAGGAUACUGGGCUAAAUGGAUAUUUGGUCUGACCCAGUAUGGCCAUUUUUAUGAUGGCGGUAGGGAAUGAUUAUAAAAGACUGACACCUUUCAUUUUUCAGAUAAUUGUUUUCAAUAAUAUAUUGGCCUGCUCCUCUGAGGGAUACUUUAAGAAACUGCCACUCUGUUUUACCAGACACACUGCUGCUGAUCCUGAAUGAUCUUUUCUUCUUCUGAAUGGAUGAAAGAAGAUGGAACAGGUUAAUUCAAGGGUUGCCCUUUAAAAAAGGCCUCUGUAUUGUAGUAGGCAGCACACAAAAGAGUCUGAAGUCACACAUGUACAUCCAGAUUUUUACGCCUUCCUCUGGAGUUGAAAUUAUUCUGCAGUCGGGUCUGGUGAUGCAGAUGAACAUAUGGAUAUUAUUUCCCACUUUUACUAUGCAAAUUCACUAUGUAAAUUAAUGUACACAAAUAUAGGAUUCAUACAUAAACAGAUAGCCAAGGACGAAGAGUUUUUUGUUUUUAAACUUAAUAUUAAUCGCUAUUAUAUACAGAAUAUAGAGUGCACAUACACAAGGCAGAUUACUCUGUUUUCUCUAAAAUGAAACAACCACUAAUGUAUAGACUCUAUAGAGGAUAGAAUCCUGUUAAUUUACUUUUAAUUUUUCUCUUAUAAAAUUAGAUGACUAUACAUGAGACACAAUUAUAUUCUGCCUGAAUGCAAACCUAAUUAUGUAUAACGCAUUGCUUGUAAAAAUUGGCGUGGUAUGUGGCCUUUUUGUAAAAACAACUGCUUUGGUUAUUUUGCUUGGUUAAAUAUGGUCAUACAGGUAUGACAUACAGAUUAACUUUUUUGAUACAAUGUUCUACUUUUCACAGCUUUAUUUAAUAAUUAAAAUAUUUUUGCAUUUCUACGCAUUGAAACCUU